AUGCUAAGUGUCAUUUUUAUUACAGAGUGUGAAUCAGUUUUAGGGGUUUUAGGGAAUGGAUUUACCGGACUUGUAAACUGCAUUGAAUGUGUCAAGAAUAAGAAGUUCUGUAUGAUUGACUGCAUUCUCCCUGGCUUAGCUCUUUCUAGAAUUUGUCUGAUAUGGAUAACAGUCACAGAUGGAUUUUUAAAGAAAUUUUCUCCAGAUAUGUAUGUCUCCAGUGACUUAACUGAAUAUAUUAGUUGCUUAUGGAUAAUUAUCGGUCAGUCAAGUGUCUGGUUUGCCAACCUCCGCAUCUUUUAUUUUCUGAAGAUAGCCAGUUUUUCCCAGCGCCUUUUUCUCUGGCUGAAGGGUGGACUUAAUAGGGUUCUUCCCCUUGUCAUGGGAUCCUUGCUUCUUUCACAGUUACUUGCCUUCCCACAAGUAGUGAAUCUUCAUGAUUACAGAAUCUCGAAAAGAAACAGAACAUGGCAGCUCAACAUGAACAAAAGUGAAGUCUUUAUGAGCCAGGUUUCCCUCAACCUGGGUCAUUUUCCUCUUACUCUAUCCUUGAUUACAUGUUUCUUGUUAAUCAGUUCCCUUUGGGGACACAACAGGAGGAUGUGAAUGAGUGUCACAGCCAGAGAUCCCAGCACAGAAGCUCAUAUUAGAGCAAUGAAAGUUUUGAUGUCUUUCCUUGUCGUCUUUAUUUUGCAUUUUAUAGGCAUUGCCAUAGAAAUUUCAUGUUUAACUGUGCCAGAGAAUAAACUGCUGCUUUUAUUUGUCAUGGCAAAAACAAUCAUCUAUCCCUGGGGCCACUCAUUUAUCCUAAUUCUAGGAAACAACCAGCUAAAUCAGGCCUCUUUGAAGGCACAGCAGCCAUUAAAAUGCUUCAAGAAAAGGCAAAAAUCUUGGCACUCCAUGGACAGGCUUGGAGAGAAAUAGAUAUUGUAGGAAAAUAAUCUAGUGCAGAAAUGUUUGAAGAUAUAUUUCAUUUGUACCACGUUCUUGCAUUGGUUUUAAUUGUGUUCUUGGACAUCACUGAAAUCUUCCAUAAUUGUCCUGAUAACCUCUCAGAGAACCAAACUUUUCAACGAGAUUCUAAUCCUGCAUGCUACUUCCGUGACUCAGUCGGGUUCCCUACCCUGCUAUAUCUUCUUCUGACACAUCUACCAGAGGAAGAACAUCAGCCUGGAGACUAUACACUGUAAAUAAUAU